AUGACCUGAGUUUCAACACAGCACUUAGUCCUCAUGUCACUAUUUUGGUGCUGCCUGUGUGAAGCAGUAGAAGCCUGUGAUGCAGUCGCUCUCUUGUUAGGUGUGGUUCUCAGCGUUACAGGCAUUCUUGCUUGCUUGGGGGUAUAUGCACGAAAGAGAAAUGGACAGAUGUGACUUUGAAGGGCCUACUGAAUCAUGCCUCACCGGGAAAGGCUUUGUGCUAUUGAGGCUAAACCUGAACUUUCGUGAAAGUUUCCAGGAAGAAUCAGCAAAUAGGGGAGUUUUAUAUUUUUCAUUGUUUCCAUGAAAUGGGAAAAACAAAAAAAAUUUUCUUUACAACAAAUAAUGCACAGAAAAACGCAGCCUAUGAUUUGUAUUUGCUGGUUAGAAAGGAGGUCAAGGAAGUAAGAUGUUGAAAUUUAUAUAAGUAAUAUUUCAUAGUUUUAAAAUUCUCAAAGCAUAUGAAAUAGGAAGAAGGAAGUUCUUGCCCAGAAUCCUA